UUUAAGGAUAACGUUACGUUUUCUUGUUGGUCUCCCCAAUGCCAGCAAUGAAAGCAACAGACAGACUCCGUAUGUGCAUUUUUUGCUUUGGGAAUUGCAUUCUGAUCAGCGACCAACGCCUGUCACUGUAGACUAUUGACAAUACGUUUGACUGUGCAGUCAAAACAUAACACUGCGACAACUAAUAACGUUAUCUGAUGGGAAUUUACAAUGGAGUUUUGAUUUAGGCCUACUCUUGACUGGAUAUGUUGAUCUGGGUUUGCCGACCAACGGUUGAGAGACGUUGAAGAACUGUGGAUGUAAAGAACUUUGAGCGAAAUGAGGAUUUCCGGACCCUGGACAGCGCUUCUCGCGUUACUAUCAAUCAAUGCUAUAUCCUGCUCAGCUGUGAAAAGAAUAGGUAACAAUCCAGGUCGCUUUGCCAAUGCUACCCUGGUCCGACUCUCCGAGUUUUUAAGCACGGGGUACAAGAAAGGCGUCCGUCCCGUUAGGGACUGGAGACAAUCUACGAUGGUGGCCAUUGACCUGAUGGUGUACUCCAUUCUCAAUGUGGAUGAGAAAAAUCAAGUUCUCACAACGUAUGUGUGGUACAGGCAGCAAUGGAUCGAUGAAUUUCUUGUGUGGAGCCCUGAGGAUUUCGAUGAAGUGAAAAAGGUGUCAAUCCCCACUGCCAAUGUGUGGGUGCCUGACAUUGUCAUCAACGAAUUUGUUGAUGUUGGAAAGUCCCCUGAUAUCCCAUACGUGUAUGUGAGCCAUGACGGACUAGUGCGCAACUACAAGCCCAUUCAGGUGGUGACCGCCUGCACGUUAAACAUCUACAACUUCCCCUUCGACGUCCAGAACUGCAGCCUCACCUUCCAGAGUUGGCUGCACACCAUAAACGACAUCAACAUCACCCUGAUGAGAACCCCUGAGGAUGUGAAGGAAGAUAAGAGCGUAUUUAUGAACCAGGGCGAGUGGGAGCUGCUACACGUCCUCUCAAAGUACAACUCUUUCAGCCUGGACAACGACGACUACUAUGCUGAGAUGAAGUUCCAUGUGGUGAUCCGACGGCGGCCGCUGUUCUACACGGUCAACCUGCUGCUGCCCAGUAUCUUCCUGAUGGUGAUGGACAUCGUGGGCUUCUUUCUGCCGCCUGACAGCGGUGAGCGAGUCUCCUUCAAGAUCACACUGCUGCUGGGGUACUCCGUCUUCCUCAUCAUCGUCUCCGACACUCUCCCCGCCACCGCCAUCGGCACGCCCCUCAUAGGUGUGUACUUUGUGGUGUGCAUGGCGCUGCUGGUCAUCAGCCUGACGGAGACGGUGCUGAUCGUGCGGCUGGUCCACCAGCAGGACCUGCAGCCGCGCGUGCCCUCCUGGCUCAGGUACCUGGUUCUGGAGCGGGCCGCCACGCUGCUCUGCGUCCGGGACAAACACCGGAUCUGCUCCAGCCUGCUCUCCUCCUCCCCUCUGCCUCACUACACCGAGAACAACAUACACACAGGCUCCCGCUGUGCCCACCACCACACCUGCGACGUGUCCAGAGAGCACGGUGUCCGAGGGAUGGGCCUGCCGGUGCGCGACCCCACGCCGCCCGUCAUGGACAACAUCCUGCAGGAGGUGUCGUGCAUCCGGCAGUACCUGGAGCGGCGGGACGAGAGCCGCGACGUGGCCAAGGAGUGGCUGCAGGUGGGCUACGUGCUGGACGUGCUGCUGUUCCGCGUCUACCUGGUGGCCAUGCUCACCUACAGCAUCACGCUGGGCACGCUCUGGUCCGUCUGGCAGUACGCCUGAGGAGGGACAACACACGCGCACGUACACACACACAUACACACACACACACGCACGCACA